AUGCAGAUCAAAUUUAUCGUCUUUCAGGCUCUGGCCGUCAGCCUCGUGGCCUCGGUCCCACUUGGCGUAGAGGAGAAAGCCGUUUCCCAGCGCAGUAUUGAAUUAUCGGUAACAACACCAGUUGUGCUCGUGACUCGGCAAAGCAAAACAGACCUCGAGAACAGCCCAGAUCCACCUCCUGGUAUUCAGGAUUUCUUUGAUCGGAUUCGAGGCAAGGGGAAGAGUGGCACAGCGAGGGGGACCGACGGCAAAGACAGACUGCACAGUUCACUCUUGCCUCCCUCGUCCUACCUUGUGGUCCGCCGACAGCCUCGUGUGAUCAAAAUGCAUUACAUAAGGUUGCUCAGACCUCCUGUCAUUAACUUUAAACAGACUGCUGCCAAACAGUCGCAGAUCCAUGUGGAGCUCGUCCUCACAAUCACCACCGACCUCGGCGACUCUUUCCUUUGCCCCAAGGCCCCCUUGGACCUGGACGUCUUCAUCUCCGAAAGCUCAUCCAGGCAGAAUUGGGACGGCAUCAGUCAAAACAAUGAGCCAGACCGGGCCCAGCAGUUCCGCAAGGUUCCUACGCCACGCCCACCCCGGUGGACCGCAGGCAGUCGCGUCCUCAAAACGGAAUUUCUGCUACCGGCUUUCAGCUCCGUAGAAGCGCUGAGCGGGGCGACUUUGUGUGUCCGGCCUGCCAACCGAUCCCUGGCUACCGAUGCAACAGCCGACCUGCUCAACACUCACGGGUUGGUGAUGCCCAUCUACGUCGAGCUCCGGCCGUCUGAGCCCGCUGAGACUGUGGCGCUGCGUAGGCUUCGAUUCUCAGCACCUGGAGUCGACCAGCUAGUUACGAUGCGUCGUCCAGUUGCUGUGGAGGUGGAGGAGGAGCUAGGAGAGAGCAUCGCACGCCAUGUAUGGGAUGCCGGCGUGUGCACGACUGCCAUGCUCUCUUCCAUAUGCUGUUCCACGACUCCUGGUGGGAAGAUGUCCACCUUGCCAAAACUGAGAGGUAUCCUCGCCACCGAUGAUGGCUUGGCCGUGAUCGAAAUUGGCUGCGGCGUGGGGAUCUUGGGUAUCGGACUAGCCACUGCCUUGCUGCACCGGCAAAGGUGUGAUAGUGAGCAAGGAGCACAAACGAGCAUACCCCGUCCCGUCUCUAUCCUUAUGACGGAUCUCCCCGAGGCGCGCGACAGGGCCGUGGCCAACAUUGCCCGCUACAGCCGCAUGAACUCACGAGGCCCCUCGCAGCGGGAAGGCGAGCAGGAUGUCCCGGAAGAGGAUCGGGCCGUUGAGGCACUGCCCAUCUCUGUGGACUACGAGGACCUCGACUGGGAAGACGGACGCAAGGGCACGUUCGGCCCCAAGGUCAACGCCCGUCCAUGGGACCUGGUCAUGCUGAGCGACUGCACCUACAACGUCGACAUGCUUCCGGCGCUAGUAGAGACCCUGACGGCACUGCAUCGCUCCGUCACCGUAGUCUCUGCCUCGGUCGCUGGCCCCAAGGUGCUACUCGCCACCAAGCCGCGCCACGAGUCCGAGAAGGCCUUGUUUGGGCUCAUGCGCGACGCCGGAUGGAGCAUUUCAGACCAGGCGGUCAUGCCUCUCCCCGUAAUGGGUGGUGAGGCUGAGACCAUAGAGGUCUAUCUAUUCACUAGGCCUGCAGACAGUGGUCCUUGA